CAAUUGAGAUGGAAAAUGUCGGGGAGAAAACCUCGGAGCCUCCACAAAAAAUCAAGGAAUUACUAAAGGAGUUCCAAGACAUUCCUCCUGACAACCUUCCGAACAAGCUGCCACCAUACCGAAUGCACCAACACGAGAUCGUGGAAGAACCAAGUUCAAAGCUGACCUUCCGAGCACCAUAUCAGCUCAGCCCUACAGAGCUAGCCGAUAUGAAGAAGCAGAUCGAGUAUCUCCUCACAAAAGGACUCAUCCGACCAUCCACUUCGCCAUACGGUGCCCCAGUACUCUUCACACCGAAACCGGACGGAAGCAUGCGCAUGUGCAUCGAUUACCGAGCUUUCAACAAGCAGACCAUCAAGAACAAAUACCCAAUCCCACGAAUCGAUGACCUGCUUGACCAGCUUCGGGGAGCCACGGAAUUUUCCAAACUGGAUCUGCAGUCCGGGUUAUGGCAAAUACGAAUGGCGGACAAUUCCAUCCACAAAACUGCCUUCCGAACUCGGUACGGGUCAUACGAGAAUCUGGUAAUGCCGUUCGGACUCACCAACGCACCGGCAACGUUCCAAGCUGAAAUGAACCAUAUUCUAUGCCCACUCUUGGACGAAUGCACGGUGGUGUACCUGGACGACAUCCUCAUCUACUCGCGCGACAUGCAGCACCACGUCCAACACCUGCGAAGCGUCUUCGACAUUCUCCGACGAGAACGAUUCUACGUCAAGUUAUCCAAGAGCAAAUUCGCCCUCGAGAAAGUCCAAUUCCUAGGACACAUGAUCGAAGCCGUACGCACGUGGAAGUCACCCGAGAACGUGAAGGAGUUGCAGCAGUUCCUAGGCUUCGCGAACUAUUACAACAGGUUCGUGCCUCAGUACGCGAAAAUCGCAACGCCACUCACGAAUCUGCUGAAGAAGGACACGCCCUAUAAGUGGGAACCAGAACAUCAGGAAGCCAUGGAGCAGCUGAAACAAGCACUAACGUCCGCACCCGUACUCAUCUUGCCAGACCCCGAAUGCGACUACGUCAUCGAAGCUGACGCUAGCGACCAGGCAGUGGGAGCAAUCUUGAUGCAAGACCAUGGGAACAGACUGCAACCAAUCACCUACCUCAGCAAGAAACUACAAGGGGCAGAACUAAACUACCCGAUACACAACAAGGAGGCCCUUGCUAUUAUUAUCGCCUUCAAAAUGUGGAGAUGUGAUCUCGAAGGUCGACUAACAACCGUCUACACCGACCACUGCAGCCUGAAAUAUCUGAAGACACAACCAAACCUCUCCAGGCGGCACGUCCGGUGGAUUGACUUCCUCGAGACGCACUUCCACUACGACAUCGUAUACAAGCCCGGCCACAAAUACAAAGCAGACGCUCUCCCAGCAGCAGGAGCAGCAGCGGAUGGAGCAGCAGCAGCAGCAGCAGCAGCAGCAACCGCAGGCAGUGCAGCAUCAGCAGCCGCAGCAGGAGGCCACUGACGCAAUGAAUUCAGUCGAUUAUU